AUGAGGAUCGGACAAAAAGAAUCGAAGAUCAUCAGCAUUGCGCCGAGAGCAAAAUACUCUGAUAGAGAACCGGAAGGAAAAUCGAUAGUGAAUUUGACUGUCGACGACAUAUCCGAACUCUUUGUUAUGCGACAAUCUGAUGCUGCAAAGUACCUGGGCAUUUCCCUCACGAGCUUGAAGAGUUCCUGCAGAAUGUUGGGAUUGGCCAGGUGGCCAUACUCAAGGAAACGAAAGCAAGUUGGCGAUCUUUGCUUGAUGAAAGAUGACAAGAAAGCAAAUGUCGACCAGCAGACUGCUCCGAGUGACUCGGAAACAUCCGACGACGAGAUGGAGAGCCAAGAUCUCAAGAGCUUUAUCAACACCCAGAGCCAAGAGAGCACUGGACCCGCACAGCAGAGCAAAUACAACAACGCACUUUCUUUUGUGCACCUCAAGGAUUACCAAGAGCUCUUGUUCCUCGAGGCCUUGGAGCACGUGGAUGGCAAGUAA